UAAAACUUUCAGAACAAAGAGCUUCUUCAACACACUUCUUCUUUUUCAAGAACACCCAUUACAUAUAAAACCCUCAUUUUUGCUCUCUAUUUUUCUCCAACAAAACACAACACCUUUCUCUCUCACUCUCACUCUCACUCUCACUCACUCUCACUCUAACUCAAAACACUCUCUGUUUUCGAUUUGUACUACUCAGUAUAUUUCAAUUUUUCACGCACUAUUUCCACUUUUUUAAAAAUCCGUGUUUGUAGUCAAAUAAGACUACUCCGUAUAAUUUUGGGACGGAGAUAGCAGUAGUUUUCAGCUUCAUUUUUACUCUCCAUUUUUCUUCAACAAAACACAACACCUUUCUCUCUCAUCCUCACUCACUCUCACUCUCACACUCACACUCACACUCACACUCUCUGUUUUCGGCUUAUACUACUCCGUGUAUUCCAAUUUUCCACGCACUAUAUUCCACUUUUCUUAAAAUCCGUGUUUUUAGUCAAACAAGAGUAUAAUUUUGGGACGGAGUGAGUAGUAGUUUUUCAGCUUCGUGUAAAAAUGUUGGAUUUUACAGUGGAGUUGAUAGGUCAAGCAACUUCAAUUGCAAACUUCCAUUUUGUUUUCUGUUUUUGCAACAUUAUCAUCGUUUUUCUUCUCAUUGAUAGCUCAAAAAACGACAUGAAUGAUAAUCAUAGUACUACUCUGAGUAGUAUUGAUGAAUUCCAGAUUGUUUUGAAAACGAAUGUUGUAAGUAAUGAUUACAAUGAGAAUUAUGUUGAAGUAGUAGAAGAUUGUGGAGUUACAAAAGGAACAUUGUCAGAAGUACAAACAACAGAUACAGUAAAACAGAACAAAGAUGACAAUCAAGAAGAAGAAGACAUUCCAGAAAAAAAGGAGGAAGAAGAAGAAGAAGAAGAAGAGAAUUAUGAUGCAGUAACAGAGGAUGAUGAAGAAGAAGAAGAUGAUGAGGAAGAAGAAGAUGAUGAGGAAGAAGAAGAAGAGGAGCUAAAUGCUCGAAUCGAGGAGUUCAUUAACAAGAUUCACAGAGAAUGGUAUACAGAAAGACUGAGAUUGAGCAAGCAACAAAGUUCUCUAUGAGAGUUGAAACUUUUCUGAGCAAAAACAGAGGCUUUUUCAGGGAAUUUUAAUCGAUUUUUAAGGAAUGUGGAUAAGGUCUCUAUGUAGAAGAAGAUUAGCUUUUUAGUGGAGCAAUGCAUUAGAUAUAAAUAGUAUGUAAUUAGAAGUUGCUAAUCUUGCUACAUAAUAUUAAAAAAGUUGCUAAUCUUGCUACAUAAUAUUAAAAAAGUUGCUAAUCUUGCUUGAAUCCUUGAAGUCGGAAAGGACAUAU